UGGUGGGUCGGGUCGGGUUUGUUGGUGUUUUCUUCUCAAUUGGAACUCUACUACGGUACUACUCAGUACUCACAAAAAUCUCAUCAGAGAUUCAGAGGAUGGAAACUUGAUUUUAGGCAAGUAAACAUCAAUGGAGAACACCGAAGUAUCUAUUUCAUCAGCUGCAACUCGUACAUGGCAUGAUUUCUUGGAGCGUAUGCGACAACCUUCUGCUACAGAAUUUGUUAGAAAUAUUAAAACUUUCAUCGUGUCAUUAUCAAACAAUGCUCCGGAUCCAGAAAGAGAUAGUGAAUCUAUACAGGAAUUCUUUAACAAUAUGGAAGCCAGUUUCAGGGCACAUCCUCUAUGGGCGGGUCGCACAGAAGAAGAUUUGGAUAGUGCUGGUGAAGGUCUUGAGAAGUAUAUAAUGACAAAAUUAUUUGCUCGGGUAUUUGCUUCACACCCAGAUGAUGUCAGACUAGAUAAUGAGUUUAACAAGAAAUCGGGGUUAAUCCAGCAAUUUAUACAACCAGAACACUUGGAGAUUAAACCAAUAUAUCAAAACGAAACAUCGUUGUUAGAAGCCCAGAAAGAACUUUUAAAAAUGAACACAUAUAAAGCUCCACGUGACAAACUUGCAUGUAUCCUCUGCUGUUGUAAGGUUAUCAGUAAUCUACUGUUUAAUGCUUCAGUUUCUGCCAAUGAAAAUCCACCUGGGGCUGAUGAUUUUCUUCCGGUUUUAAUCUAUGUCACCGUUAAAGCAAACCCGCCUCAAUUUCACUCCAAUUUGAUGUAUAUUCAACGGUACAGAAAUAAAGCAAGACUGGUUGGAGAAGCAUCUUAUGUUUUCACCAAUAUGCUCUCUGCGGAAUCAUUCAUUCUGGAUAUAGAUGCAAAAGCACUGUCAAUGGAUGAAACCGAGUUUGUGAAGAACUUGGAAUUUGCUCAAACACUGAUGUCAGAACUUUCAGAGGAGUACAAUGGUGAGAAUAUGCAAAGUCAGAGUCUAUCUGAAUCAAAGAUGACAGAAGUUCCAUCAGUCUCAGAUUUGGAGAAUAAAGGCGCAACUAUGCUAGUGACAGAGGAGAAGGUAAGUGAAAAGUUCAAUAAUUUCCCAUAUUUGUACUCCGAAGCUGGAGAUUUGACAGUAGCUGAUGUAGAGGGCUUGUUAAAUGGCUAUAAGCAACUUGUGUUCAACUAUGUUUGCCUUGCUAAAGGGUUGGGUGUUCCAGUAACCCCAAUUGGUGGUGAAUCCAAAGAUUUUGGUAGAGUAGAAAAUGGCGGGGAAGGGUUAGGUUUGUCUGCACCUCUUCCAGAAACCCAAAUUGGUGGUGGAAGUGCAGAGGCAUUGGAAGGUAAGGGGAGUAUUGAGUAUGAUGGUGAAGUUCUGGCUAGAAUAGGUAGUGUGAAAGGGUCAGGUGCUCAGGCGACAGUACCACCAUUUGAAUCAUCUGAAGCCCAAAUUGGCAAGGACAAUGCCCCUGAACAUGUUGUUGUGGAUGAUGUUAGAGUAGGUGGUGGUAGGAAUGAUGGUGUAGGGGCUUCUACACCAGAAGGCACUGUAGCCGGAGAAGUUGGUACUCUAAUAGAGGAAAAUGUUGAGAAGUAAAGGUCUGUAUUCUUUAUUUUAUCUUGUGUAUUAGGUCUUCCAUCUAUCUGUUUAUUUGAUCCUUGUAUCUCUUGGUUAUAUUUAUUUAGCUUGUUAGUAGUGUACCACUUUCUGACUAAAAAUAGAUAAUUUUUUUAGAA